CAUCAUCAUCCUCAUGUCCACCACGUCCAGCUGGGACGAUAGCGUGAAGAUGAACAACCCGGCCUCGUCUGCCACAACACCGUCCGGCAACACGGUACAGACCGAGUCGACCAAAUGCGGUGGCAGCUAUGGUGAACCGUCCUCGCCUGUCGCGCUGGAGGAGGGCGUGUGUCCGCCGGGCAAGGUCGCGGCAGACUGUGCGGGGCCACUGCAAAGGCCGGCGACGCCACCUCGAUCGUACCAUUGCGGGUGGUUCGCGCUGCGUCCUCGGUGGAUGGCGCGCUUCAUGACACCCAAGUGGGCCCUGUUUUGGCUGUGCUGGGCCGGUGCCGUGCAAGGGUUGGUAGUGAACGGUUUCAUCAACGUUGUCAUCACGACCAUCGAGCGGCGGUUCGGUUUGCGUUCGACACAAACUGGCCUGGUGGCCAGUGGUUACGACAUUGCGUCCUUCCUGUGCCUCGUGCCGGUGUCAUACUUUGGCGGCAGGAUCGGUGCCUCCAAGCCACGCUGGAUCGGAUGGGGUGUGGCAGUGAUGGGACUCGGUGCGUUCGUGUUCGCAUUGCCACACUUUCUCGUCGGACAGUAUCGGGCAACCAACUCGGAGCAGAAUGUGUGUACUUUGACAACGUUGCUGACCAACGGAACCGGUGCUUCCGUGGAGGCGUUAACAGAGCUGACAGGUUGCAGUCAUAGCACGGGACUGCCCCUGGCAAACGGUGGACAAGCAUCGACAUCGACGGACAGUGAAAACUUGUCCUGGAAUGUGUGGUUCUUCUUUACCGCCCAGCUACUGCUCGGUGCCGGAGCCUCGCCGCUCUACACACUGGGAGUUACGUACAUCGACGAGAACGUCUCGAAGAAAAUGUCUUCCGUGUAUUUGGGCAUUUACUACACAAUGGCCGUUGUUGGACCAGCUGCCGGCUAUGUCAUCGGUGGUCAGUUGCUUCUCUUCUACACGGACAUGUUCGUCGUCGAUGCUAGCACUCUCGGGCUAACGCCACACAGCAAGGUAUGGGUCGGUGCCUGGUGGGUUGGGUUCGUUUUUAUGGCAGCGUUCUGUUUGCUGCUGGCCAUCCCCAUCCUGGCCUAUCCGCCCGCCCUGCCCGGUUCGGAAAAGCUGCAGAAGGUGUCGGAAGCUCACCGCGGUGGCGGUGAUGGCGAUGGAGAGCGCCACCAGGAAGCGUUCACCAAGAUCAAGCAGAUUCCACGUGCGCUGCUCGCGUUGCUACGCAAUCCGACGUUUUUCUUCCUUAACCUGGCCGGUGCUUCCGAAGGGCUGGUCAUAUCCGGGUUUGCCGUGUUUCUGCCGAAGCUGAUCGAGAAUCAGUUCAGUGUGACGGCGGUAUGGUCGGCGCUGCUGAUGGGAAUAAUAACGGUACCUGCCGGCGGUGGUGGAACCUUCCUCGGUGGCUAUCUGGUGAAAAAGCUUCACCUGUCCUGCUCGGGCAUCAUCAAGUUUUGUCUGUUUGCAACAAUUUUUGCAGCCCUAUUUACGGUGUGUUUUUUCCUAUCCUGUCCCAAUCUCACGUUUGCCGGCGUGACAGCCCCCUACUUUCCACACGAAAAUCUUGACAGUCGCGCUUACGCCCACACGACGGAACCACGUGAUCUGUACUAUCUGCCCAAGAAUCUGGACAAUGCGUGCAAUGACCGAUGUGCCUGUAGCCGGCGUAACUACGAACCAAUCUGUGGUGCGGAUGGGGUCAUGUACUAUUCGCCGUGUCAUGCGGGGUGCAGUGAGGAAAUCAAUCUGGAAAAUGCCAAAGUUUACCGGGACUGUACCUGCAUCAAUGCGACGUUUCACGGUGAGGCGGGACCGUUGUACGGUGGAGGAAGUUACGAUGCGGUCAAUACGAUGUGCCAGUCGCAGUGUGACCAUCUGUGGAUCUUUGUGAUGCUGUGCUUUUUGGUGAUGUUCUUCACCUUUCUGGCGACGAUGCCGGCCCUGUCGGCGACGCUCCGGUGUGUCCACGACGAUCAACGUUCGUUUGCGCUUGGGAUACAGUGGAUCAAGGUCCGUGUGCUCGGUACCAUUCCAGCACCGAUGAUCUUCGGACGGCUUAUCGACGAAACGUGCAUCUUGUGGCAGGAAUCGAGCUGUGAGGAUCACGGCGCAUGUUUGGUUUAUGAUAAUGCGUACAUGAGCAAGUAUAUGCUAUUACUGGCCCUGAUCGGCAAGGCGUGUUCCAUACUAUUCUUUUUCGGCGCCUGGUUCUACUACAUACCGCCCAAAGUCAUCACGAACGGUGAAUCACAUCCAAAACCAGAAGCAACAAACCAAAAACUAACCUCAAACGGUCACGCGAAUCCUAUCACCGUAGAAAAGUAUUGA